AUGCUGCGACACUGGCGGCAGGAGGUCGACCUCGCUCUGUCCGAAGGUCGCAUCGAGACAAACCUCGGCUUUGGCCAAACGCCACUCGACAUCGCCUGCCUAAGCGGCUACGACUACGGCGUGCGUAAGCUGCUGGACGCGGGCGCUAACAUCCACAAGCGAACGCAUCAAGGUGAGACGUUCCUCCAGUGGCAGUCACCGCUCCACGUCGCAGCGGCCUUAGGACACGCAAAAAUUGUGUCGAUGCUAAUCAACGAAGGCGCAGACGUCGAUGCCUCGGACGGCGGUAUGUCGCCUACGCCGCUCUUCUACGCCGCGGGGGCAGGACACGUCGCCGUCGUGAAGACGCUGCUUGCCCACGGCGCUCUGCUUACCUGGGAAGACCCGCUGCAGGACGGGGCGACGGCGCUCCACGUCGCCGCGGCCUUGGGACACGCAAAAAUUGUGUCGAUGCUGCUCAACGAAGGUGCGGACGUCGAUGCC